AUGGCUGAUGAUGGCAUGCUUUUGAACUUCGCCAUCAGCGACUCCGUGAUCAAGCCGGAGGCGAAGUUCAAAGGAGGGACAUGGCGGGACCGUCUCUCAGCAAAAAAGCGCUCUCAACACCAACCCAAGCCUGGAGAUGGCGGCAAUAAGAACCACGAAUCGAAGAAUCCGAAUAAAAUUGCGAUUUCUGGCACGAGGCCAGCAAAGCGACAAAAGACGGAGUUCAACGACUUUGAAGAUGGCGGUGAUCGCGACCGUCGACCACGAUCACAGCAGCAACCGUCGCAGCGAGAUCCCCGCCACUUUGUAUCGUCUCUGUUCACCAGCAAUCCGGAGCCGCAGAAUGCCGAAGGACCUCGCAACGACGAGCCGAUCGAGGAAGCGAAACCGACCAAUGCCCCCCUGAUCGAUGGGAUCGAUACGUUCACAAACCUGGGCUUGUCACCUAGUCUGGCUGCGCAUUUGCUCACCAAACUCGAACUGAAGGCACCAACAGCGAUUCAGAAAGCUUCUAUCACACAACUGCUAAAGGAAGAAAGUGAUGCGUUUAUUCAAGCCGAGACUGGAUCGGGCAAGACAUUGGCCUAUCUUCUGCCACUGGUACAACGGAUCAUGGCUCUUUCCAAGGCUACCAAGGAGGCUGGCGUCCACCGCGAUAGUGGUCUAUUUGCAAUUGUGCUCGCUCCGACUCGUGAGUUGUGCAAGCAGAUCUCUGUCGUGCUGGAAAAUCUUCUCCGCUGUGCCACUUGGCUUGUCUGCGGUACCGUCAUCGGUGGAGAAAAGAAAAAGUCAGAAAAGGCACGCUUGCGUAAAGGAUUGAAUAUUCUCGUCGCUACCCCUGGUCGCUUGGUGGACCAUCUGGAUAACACUCAAGUCCUAGAUGUUAGCAACGUUCGAUGGUUGGUCUUGGACGAAGGUGAUCGCCUGAUGGACAUGGGUUUUGAAGAGGAACUACAUGGCAUUGUUCAGAAGCUAGAUGCGAGACAACGACCCUGCCAGGUCCCCGGUGUGCCGACGAGGAGAACGACAAUUCUGUGCUCUGCGACGCUGAAAAUGAAUGUGCAGCGGCUGGGAGAGAUCAGUUUGAAGGAUGCCGUGCAUAUCAAGGCAGACCCCGAAGACGAGGACGAGAAGGCUCGAAAUGCGAACAAGGACGAAGAAGAGUCGUUCCGCGUGCCGGCUCAGCUGAAGCAGUCAUACGCGGUUGUCGCAGCUAAACUGCGUCUAGUAUCAUUGACUGCAUACCUCAAGCGAACCUUCAUUCGCAAGGGCUCUGUGAUGAAAGCCAUCGUUUUCGUCUCUUGUGCAGACGAGGUCGAUUUCCUGUUUGAAGUUUUCUCAAGGAAACACGGCGAAAGAGGACAUAAGAAGGAUGAUGAUGGUGACGAUGAAAACGAGAGCGAAGAAAACGGUGAAGUGAAAAAGGAGAAAGAGAAGGAACGGGCAGACCUAUCACCACACGGCACCAUUGCUCCCGGAUCUGCAUUUUCGAACCCAGCGAACCCAGUCACUCUCCACCGACUCCACGGCUCUCUGCCUCAACAUAUUCGAACAUUCACCCUCAACUCCUUCGCCAACAGCAAAACUGCUUCCGUCAUGGUCUGUACUGAUGUGGCUGCUCGUGGUUUGGAUUUGCCUAACGUCGACUUGGUUAUCGAGUAUGAUCCCGCGUUCAGCGCCGACGACCACACCCAUCGUAUCGGUCGUACCGCACGUCUAGGACGUGACGGACGAGCUCUGAUCUUCCUCCAGCCCGGCUGCGAAGAAAACUACGUCGACAUUCUCAAGCGUGGCUACCGCGACGGUGGCAAGGCUCUCACCCGCACGGAUGCGACUGAAAUUUUGAAGCGCGGCUUCGGCAGAAGCACCGAAUCUAGCUCGAAGAACUGGGAAGAAAAGGCCACCGAUUGGCAGAUGGAUGUGGAACGUUGGGCUUUGGAGAAUCCGGAAUAUCUUGAAAUGGCACGACGAGCCUUCCAAUCCCACGUCCGCGCGUAUGCAACUCACAUCGCUGCCGAGCGGAGCAUGUUCAACAUCAAAGAGCUCCAUCUGGGCCAUCUUGCAAAGAGUUUUGCCCUGCGCGACCGACCCGGAAAGAUCAAUGUUCCCGGUCUGCGUCCUGGAAAGGAAGAGACGAAGAAGGACUUCAAAGCCGGCCGCGGUUCUGCGCUGGGUAAGAGGAAGGCUGGCGACGAUACUACGGGCGGAGCGAACACGGACGAAGCCGCUCGCGAAGCUGCACGCAAGAUGAGGGCCAAGAUGAAGGAGCAUAUGAGUGGUGGUGCCAGUGAAUUCAACCUGGCUUGA